AUGCUGAGAUUACAUUGCGUGCGCAGAAUAUGUCCCUCACAGGUAUUCUUGAGGACUUUAUCUUCAAACAAUCCUAAAGUAUAUUCUUUCGACGAUGUCAGAAAGAUGGUGGAACAUACACCAAAAUCAACAGUACUAGUUGAUGUUAGGGAGCCAAGAGAACUGGAAAGUUAUGAAAUGCCCAAUGCCAUCAAUAUUCCGCUGCAAAGUGCGCCCGGCGCAUUAUCUCUGAAUAAUAAUGAAUUUGAAGAAUUAUUUCAUUUCCCCAAGCCUCCUAAGGAUAAGGAACUUGUAUUCUUCUGCUUAAAGGGAAUUAGAGCAAAAGCUGCAGAGGAAUUAGCAAGGUCUUACGGCUAUGAAAAAACUGCCGUGUAUCCUGGUUCGAUAAGUGAAUGGCUUGCAAAAGGUGGUGAAAAGGUUAAGCCAAAAAAUGAGCCCUGA